UUGAAUUCUCAUUGGGCCCAAUGGUCUAUAAAUAAUGCACCAACCCCUCAGUUUAAACCACCACCACUACACUUCAUACAACAAAACCUCUCUAACCACUCCUUAAUCCCCUCCAAAAUGAAGGCACCCACCAUGAUCUGCUUUCUGGUUGCAGUUAUUGCAGCCAUGAUGGUCUUUAUGGGCCAACUCCCUGCAGCCACUGCGGUGACUUGCAACUACAUGGAGCUCGUGCCAUGUGCUGGUGCGAUCUCAUCGUCUCAGCCCCCAUCGGGCUCAUGCUGCAGUAAGGUAAGGGAGCAGAGGCCGUGCUUCUGCGGAUACCUCCGGAACCCGAGUCUCCGUCAGUUUGUCAGCCCAGCUGCAGCCCAGAAGAUUGCUAGCCAGUGUGGAGUUAGUAUUCCACAGUGCUAGAAAUAAUGUUUUGGUUUCAACUUAUGAUAAUAUCAGAUAUUGGAAUAUUGUGAAAUAAAGUGUGACAUGCAACUCAUCUACUGAUGUAAGGUGUUUGUUUGUGUUGUUAAUGAAACAAAGGUAGUUGGUGGUGUGCAUAAAGUUUAUUUGA